AUGGCCAAAGACACUUUGACGACACUUGUCAAGAAAUUAGAGGCCGUGAAAUGUCACUAUCAAAUUAACCCCAGGCUUGAGGCCCAAUUGAAGGCUUUGGCUAUUGAGUUGCCAGUAUCAGGGCCAGUCAAUAGAGAUGACGGAGUAUCUAUAGCCCAAAAUCAUUCAAGCAACGAGCUGCCCUCCUGCGCCACAAGGAACGGGCGGACCUACGAGUCUGUUGUUCUUCAACCGCAGCUGCACUCAACCCAUUCGUCAUUCAACCAGGCUCAACCCUCGGUGCAGAACGUGGGUCAGUUAUCACUUAACAGCGAACACUUGCUGUCGGAGACCAACUGGUCAAAGUCAAUGGACACUAGCCAGAUGGAACCGGCUGUACUGAGUGCAGGCUGGGCACAUAAAUAUCGGAUACCCUCGGUACAACAAGUGGUAGGUAGUGUGCCUAUUUCACAGAGAACGCAAGCGGGUGCGUCGAUCCCAAAUGCCAAUGUCGAGAAUCUUCCAACGGACGAGUUUGAUGUUGGUGAUGAGCCAUGGAGUAUGGACGAAAUUCUAAGGUGGUAG